GACCCAUUUGAGCAGCUGGUGACUAAAUCUUCCCUUGAAAAUCUGAGUCUUGAAAAUGAAAAUAAGAAAUUAGUUCUUGACAAACAACCUCAAGGUGAAGAUGAGAAAUCAGUUCUUAUUUCUUUUGAUACUCUAACUGUCCAUGGGACUGAUGAUUGGACACAAAAUGAAAAGCCGUCAGCAAUGGCUAAUUUAACUUCCAUUAAGAACCUUGUUCUUCAGUCAAACAUUGAGAACUUGGAACCCAGAGCAGCUGGCGAGGAUGUGCGGCUUACAUCCUCUCAUCAUCAAAGCACUGAGAAGAAAAACUGUGGAGCAUAUAUAGAUGAUAAAUUGGACAGCAGGAGUAAAGGUGAGGUUGAGCUUAAUAAAUCAAGCCUUGCAAAGAUGGUCGAGGGAGAACAACUCAGUGUUGAAUCAUCACCAUCACAAUCAACAGAGAAAAACGUCGUGGGGACUAGCAGUGUGUCAGCAAUAGCUGAAAAUACUGUUGGGGCAAGUCAGUCACAAGAGAAUUCAAAUGAACUAAAUGAGAGAGAAGUGAAUGCUGAUCUUAGUUCAUGUUUAAUGAACAGCAACUCCAACAGACAGGAGCAAAACAAGCCAGAGUCAUCAAUGUCGGAUGUUUUUGAACCAGAUUCCAAAACUCGAGACAAGCAACCAGAGAAACAGCCAGAAGAAAGACCUGUGCGUGAAAUGCUUGUGCGCAGACAGCGCACAGAGAGCACAGAGACCAGCAGUGAAAACAAACCGGUUUUGGAGACACUGACCUUUAGUGCCUCAAAGGAUGAUAAAUCUGGGAAUCCGGAAGGCAGCAGAGGAGAGGGGGAUAUGUGCAUCUGUCCUUGUCUGCUGUGUGACAGAUCAUAUCCUGCUUUCAGCAAGGAAGACAUCCUGGCGCAUCUUGUUCUUAUGCACAAGUUUGUCAUUGCUGAUGUCAACUACAUCGCUAACCUUCCUGCGUAAGUAGAUAAUUGAUGAUAUUAUAAUAACUCUACUUUUGCACGCCAUAAAUUAAAAAUGUGAACAAUAGGUAUAUCUACCAUUGAUUAUACACAUAUAUAGAUACAUUAAUUUAUUUAUUUAUAUAUGACUUAGUGGAUGUAUUAAAAAAUUAAUUUUUUUCUUAAUGAAGAUUAUCGCAUUUAAGUAGGUUUACCAAAUAGUGAAUAUUUUUUAAAUCCUUUUUACCAGUUACUUGAAGUAUUGGAAAAAACGAUUUGAAGAGAAUCCAAUUACUGAUUUUUGCUCCAAGAUUGUAACCAAUACCGGAGUUAAAGAUGAAGGUAAACCAUGUUUUUUCCUUUCAAUUCUUUUAAAAUUUUAACUUAAAGGUUUUUUUUUUUUUAAAUUUGUCGUAACUAGUAUUUUAAAUGCAUUAAAGUAGUGAAGUUGAUAAUAAAGUUAACUAUCUACAUAAAUUCAAGGUCAAGUUGAUAAUAUAAUUUUCAUUCUAAGCUUUGUGAAUGUUAUCAGUGAGGAUUAGUGCUUAACCUUGAAAUAUAUUUUUUUUAGCACCAAAAGAAGAGUUUUUUCUUCUUUGUGAUGCAUUGCCAGAAGAUAAAGACCUCAGGGAACAUCUUCAAAGGAAGAAACUGGUAAGAACUAACGCUGUGAUAAUUGCAGGUUUAUAAUAAUUACACUAAAAUUAUAUUUUUGUGUUUUAUGGUGUUCAUAAACUAAUUCAACUAUUUUUAUUCACAUUAGAGACCAGUUAUUGCUUAUUGCAAUAUAAAUUUCAAUGUUUUGUUUGUAACUGCUUUAAAAAAAUUAGUGAUUGCAUACUACACCAAUAUUAAAUUGUUUAAUAUUAAAUAUCUUUUUAAAAAAUGUCACAGUAUUCUGAGGAUAGGUUUUUGCUUGUUUAAAGCUUCAUGCAUUUAGCUUGUAGAAUAUAUUUAUCUUGGGGGUUUCCAUUAUGGUAGCUAAGAAAGGAUGAAAUGUUAUUCAUAAUUAUAAAAUUUGCUGAUCUUUUACUACUUUUUGUAUUGUGCGCUAUAGGAGAUCAUACUGGCACAACAGCAAAAAGAAAGAGAAGAGACAAAGUUCUGUCGUCAAUGCUUGUUUUGCAAACAAACUUUCUGUGGAAACAGGUAACCAGACGCAUUAGAUAAUCUCUUUCUUGUACCCCAAACUGAUUAAAAAUGAUAUUCAAGACAGAUGUAAAACUUCCUACCUCUUUUUCCAGAAUAUGUGAUAUAACAACAUUUUUUUAACUAUGUUACUGCAUACAAGUUUAAAUAAAUAGCUAUUUUAAAAGUUAGAUUUCAGAAAAAAUUAUACUUACAAUUGCUCAUUAGAUUUGAGGUUUCUGUAAAUUUCACAACCUUCAGGCAUCAUGUAAAUUAACAUUCAACACAAUGUUCUCAUGUAAUGAGUAAAGCUAUCUUAUGCACCUCGCUCAGGAAAGAUGUUCACUUUUGUGCAACAAUACAUCUUACAUUAAAUGUUCAUGACCGACCUAUUCACAGUGCAAAAUCAUCCACUAUUUUAUCUCCGGAUCCAGUCAUUUUACAUGGCCCAAAAUGCUUUUCUGCCAUCAUAAGCAAUCUCAGGAAUACAUUUAUCAAAAAAUAUUGUAUAAAUUCUUCAAUAUUACUGACAUCUCACCGCUUAUGCAAACAUGUUUACCCUCAAUUUCUUAAAAUCAUACAAUAUCGUCACAAAAUCAUUCAAUACCUUGUAUUUAUAGUAAAAAAAUAAACAUACAGUAUAUAUAUUGUAUACACCUCAACAUCGUACAUUGUACACCAAAAUUGUAAGAGUAAACAGGUAUGCUUAUGACACAGGACACCCAAAUACCACAAUGAGUAUAGAUGUGUUUCUUGAAUUUACCAAAGUAAAGAUGUUAAUAGAAAACAUUAAAUUUAUAUUAAGUUAACUAUUAAACAGCUCUCUAGGUAUAGGAAAUAUAUUCUCAUUCAAUUAUCUAUGUAUUAUUUUAAAAGUUCCUUUACAAAGGUUAAUAAAAUGUUUAUUUUCAGGGCAGUGCUGUUUGAUCAUUUGCUUAGAGAUCACACAUUCCACAUGGGUCAGCCAGACAACCUGGGUAAAAAACAUUUUCAUUACUCUCUGCUAGAACUAGUCUCCAGUUAAAACAGUUAUUCAUCAAUUACUGAGUUUUCGUCCAUGUUAACAGUACAGUCUGUAUUGAAGGUUUUCCAAAGUUAGCAGCUGUCAGGGGGGCACUUUCAAAAAAUGACUUUAUAUAACAUGACUAGUUUUAAUAUCAUUAGCAGGCAAAUGGGAAGGGGGCUUUACAAAAAGCACCAUAGGUGUAUAACUAUAAGGCAUGAUAAUAUUUUUUUUCUAUGCACCACCAACUUCUUUAAUGCAACCUAUGCCUGAUAUAUUUUUGUUAUCCAAAACAUCUGGUUACCAGUUAGUUUUGAAAAUCUACACGCUAUAGUAAGAAUAGCAUAUCAUGUGCAGUUACUUGUUACCUUCCAUAAAGAUAAUCAUAGUCUGAUGGGCUUAUAUCGGACAGGGUCAGGUUUUUUUUUAUUUACUAAAAGUCUAAAAGAUAACUGACAAUCCAAAACUGUGCAGAAAAUGUGAACUCUGUUUCUGUUUCCAAUGGUGAGGUUUUAACUGGAACUAUUUAAAGUUUUUCUCAAAAUAAUUCAUCAUUGUGAGAACAUUGCUGUUUUUUUUAAACUUAUUUUUUUUUAAGUAACAGCUUAGGCUUAGAUUAUUUUGUCAUUGACCUUGUGAUUCACACCUAAAUCCUGCCCCACCAUAGAAAUUCUUAAUUACAUUAACAUGUAAUUAAAAGUUUUUAAUCUCAUAAAUUUAUACAGACGUUCACCAGUAAUCAUUAAAUGCAUUAGGAUUUCUAGUCACUUCCAAAUUUAUGGAUAAAGUGAUUGCAUCUAUCUUGUAUUAAUGCCUAUUAGUAAGUAUUAUUGAAUUGAUUAUGAGAGAGGGAUGAAUUUGAAUGCAAUUGACAUUAUUGUGCUUUGUUUUGUUUUCUCAGUCUUCACUGAUGAAUUGUUUGACCUCAUUCAAUCAAAACUUGACAAGUAAGAACUUCAUCUCAUUUAAAUAUGUGGAUAAAAAGUGCUACAACAUGAACAUUUAAAAAGUAUAUUUCCUAGAGACCUGGAACUAAAUUCCUCUAAUAAUAACAUCUUUAUUGGAUAUGCCACAAGCAGAACCAAAAAAAAUAAAUCUAUUCCUCAGCAUGCUAUUAUUUUUACAAAAUUUUAAUUUAAAACAUUGUUUAAGGGUUAGCUCAUUAUGACUACAUUAAUUUGUUUUUUUUAUCAAUGAAAUACACAUUUGUGUAUUCAUUUAGCCUAGUUUUGAUAAACAUAUUUAAAUGAAUAAGUCUUACCAAUUCUGAAUUAAUAAAUAAUGGUUUUUGUUGAAUAAAACAUUCAAUGAUAGGGGAGUGUUGCUUGUUUUCUGAAUAGAAAAUGGUUUUUUUACUAAAGAUAUGGCUAAAGUAAAAUAGCUUUUUAGGAAUGAACAGCUCAUGAUUAAAAAAAUGUUUUUCCCCUAUUUAGUCAGCUGUGUCUCUUCUGUGAAAAAUCAUUUAAAGACAAAGCCAGUUUGAGGGAGCACAUGAGGAAGAAGCAACAUCGUAAGAUCAAUCCCAAAAACAAAGAGUAUGAUAGAUUCUACAUCAUCAAUUACAUGGUGGGUCUAAAAAUACCAGGGAGUUAUUACAUUUUAUACCCAUUUUAAUUGAAUAAAAUUUUGUUUGUGUAUGAAUCAUGUACCCUCAUAUUCUCCAUAAGUAGCAAGUUGUUAACAUUAUUUAAGAUAGAUAAAAGAAAUAAUAACUUCAGUCAAUUAAAGGAAAUCUGCUUUCAAUGCAUACCUCAAAUUAGUAAUAAUCAGAGAUGCAGUUUAUUAACAUGUUGUUUUACACAUGUCUAUGAUUAUUGUGGCUGUCAUUUUUGUGACUUUGAUUGCUUUGUCGAUGAUUAUUGUGUAGUUGAAUGAGCAUGUUGUUUUUGAUGUGUGUAUGAUUGUUGUGUCUGUUUUUUUAUGAAUAUGUUAGUUGUCUUUGAGUUUUUUAGACAUGUCUAUGAUUUUUGUGGCUGUGGUUUUUGUGCCUAUGAUUGUUUUGUAGUUUAUAAACAUGCUGUUUUAGACAUGUCUAUGAUCGUUAGGAUAAUAUUAGGAUUAGGGACAUUAAAUAUUAAGUAAGGUAAUUAAUUUAUAUAUAUAUAAAGAAAAAAAAGAUAUAUAUAUAUAUAUAUGAAUAUUACCUUUUUUCUAAUCUCUUUUAAAAUCUCCAGCUGUAUUAGGUUAUCAGUGGGCUUAAGUUUUGUUAUCUUAACUAUGUGCCUCAUCUUCUUCUUAUAUUUGAGGGCCCCAAGAUCAAUGUGUUGAUCAUUCUGGCUCUGGUUUGAAUUCAGGGUUUUCCUUCUAUGUCUCUUUAUUUGUGCACACAUGAUUGUUUUGGAGCAGCCAAAUUAUUUGUGACUAUUUUAAGAUUAUAUUAUUUUCAAUAUGAUUUUAUUUUUAAUUAACCAGGAAAUGGGAAAGAACUGGGAGAGCCUGCAGUCUGAAGACAAUCGUCUGGUCAAGACUAAUGAUAAAGCCUCUGAUGAAGAAGAGUAAGUCUGAUACUCAAGCUAAAAGUUGACCUUUGACGUGGUUGAAUGUUGAUUUAAUCAUAGUGUAACCACCAUGAAACAAAGUAAUCUAAGUUUAUCUUACUUUAUCUGAAAAUCACUACCUUCAGCCCAUGAAAUAUUUAUUUAUUACUAUAUUUCAUUGUAACUCAACUCAAGUGAAUAUUGUUAAUGUGUUAUAAAUAAUUUAUUUCUCUUCAUACUGCAUAUAUUAAUAAUUUUUUACAGUUAUGUAGAAACUGCUAGGAUUAUUGUUGGAAUCACUCUCUAGCUUUUGCUUUUUAUAUUAUUUUAAAAUUUAAAGCAGUUUCUGUCAUUUCAGAAAGAAAAAAAAAAGAAUUUUGAGUUCAUCAAUUAAAGAUCAAGAUGUCUUCCAAAACUAAAUUGGCAUAAAUUAUUCUUUGCUCAUAGUUAUUAAAAAAAUUUUUUAGUACAAGUAGUUUUUGAAUUGAGAUUAUUUUCUAAAAUAAUGUACGAAAAUGUAUUUAGCGAAUGGGCAGGCUGGGAUGAAGAGGCUCAUUCUAAAGUUGUGUGCCUCUUUUGUGAUUCCUCAUGUGCAGUACAAGCAGAGCUUCAAAACCAUAUGAAGGUAUUUUAACCUCAUAAAUCUUAUGCUAAGGCAUAAGACUUAAUUCUAAAAUAUUUCAAAGGUUUUUUUUUUUUUGGUUUUUUUUUAAAUACCUGGUAAUUACUAGAGUUUUAUUAAUGGUUAAAAAUUAUAACCUGCUUAAAAAUCAGCGAAGGAUUUAACAUUUGUUCUUCCAUUGACUAGGAUAAUCACGGCUUUGAUCUACAAGAGGUGAAUCACAAACUGCAGCUAAACUUCUACCAAAAAGUUAAACUCAUUAACUAUAUUCGACGUCAGGUGAGUGUCUUUGAACAAAAUUUCAAUUCACUAACUAAAUUCCACAUCAGGGUAGGGAAAAAGUUAAACUUAUUUACUACUUUCUAAGUUUGGUAAGUGUGAGUGAUCUAGCAACCAGAUGGAAUCCCUUCUUAUGGAACUGUGCUUUUUAAAAAAUAGAAAUUUAAAUAAAAUCAGGUUCUACCUUUAGGUAUUCUAAAUGAAAUUUUCAUAAUGAAAUUAAAUAAAAUUCCCUUUAAUAUAGGGUGAUCAAACAUCCUGUAAAAACAGGAUGUCCCAUUUUUUCACAAUCGUACCUGUUGUCCCGAAAAAGUCUCUCGGGACGCCUAAAUGUCCCGUUUUUUAAACCAAAAAUUUUCAAAUAACUAAAACUUCCUAAUUUAUAAUAUAACUUCAAUUAAUAUUUUGGCUAGCUUUGUUUUUGUAGCCAGUGCCAGUAGUGAUGUGGGCUCAUGUGAUUGGCUGCACUGAAACCAAUUUUGAUUCCAUUACCAUUACGUGUAAUGUGUUAGUCUUAUGUGUUAUCCCUGCCGGCCUGUUCGUGUCAGAAUGACAGUUGUUUGUUUUGGGUGUUGAACUUUAUUCUUUAAUUUUAUAUUAUCUUCUCAUGUAAACAAUAAUUAUGCCCAAUCGUCAAUGUAAGUUUAAACAAUAAUUAUGCCCAAUCGUCAAUGUAAGUCUAUGGAGGAGUAUUCCAAAGAGUGGAACUAUUUUAAAAAGGGACGCUAUGAAAGUGAAGCCGAGUGCAUUGUUUGCAAUAAUGUUUUUAGUAUUGGUCAUGGUGGAUGUUCAGACAUAAAACAACACAUCAUAUCAGUGAAACAUAGGAAAAGACUGAGUGCCCCAAGUAGAUAUCUAGGUUAGAUUUCAUAGUUAAAAUUAACAUAUUUCAAUAAACAGUUUCCGGCGGAGGCCCCCGGACCCUUCUUUAGCUGGGGGGGUUCCCCCCCCCCCCCCCCCCCCCAAAAAAAAAAAAAAACAAAACACGUCCGUGAAAGUGUCCCGUUUUUUCCAAUCAACAGAUUUGGUCACCCUACUUUAAUAGAACUUGUCAUCAGAAUCACCAAUUUUAAUUCUUCUUGAAAGUUAUGAAAUUUAAAAAUCCCCGAACAUCAUCAAGUUUUUGAGUACUGAAGGGGAUUGUUCUGACAUCCGCUAUCUUCUUAAAUAACUAAUUUGGAACUUUCAGAUCUCUUGCACUCACAACCAGUUUUACAUAUAACAAACACAAUUUUUUUCAGGGUUAUCACAAAGAUGUACAUAAAAAAAAUUAUUCAUACAAAAAUGAAUCAGAAAUAUAAUGUUUAGAUAUUGUUAAAGGAAAUUUAUAUUUUAUUAUUGUGGACUCAAGAGGCAGAAGACAAAUUAAUUUAUAAUUAAAUAGAAUUACCUUAAAUAAGCAUGUUCACAAAAAAAAAAAAAAAAAUUUUGACAAAGUAAGAUGUUAAAUAAAAUUUUUUAAAGGAAAUUUAUAUUUUAUUAUUGUGGACUCAAGAGGAAGAAGAAAAAUUAAUUUAAAAUUAAAAAGAAUUACCUUAAAUAAGCAUGUUAAAAAAAAAAAAAAAAAAAAAUUUUGACCAAGUAAGAUGUGUAAGUAAACUUUUCACCAUAUUUUAGAAACUGAUGUUUUUAAUUGGGAAUUAAAGAGGCUUUCUAAAGUUUAUGCUCUUAUAUUGGACCAAUGGGGAAUUUCUGAAUAAUAUAUUGGCAUUCUGUGAAUAAAUACGCUGCUAGUCUGUGAAUAAAUACAAUGGUAGUAUGCGAAUGACACAUUGACAUUGAAUUAUUUUUUAUUCUUUGUUUUGACAGAUCUAUCACAAAACCUGUUAUGGCUGCCAGGAGUCUUUUUCUGACAAGGAUGCUCUCACCAGUCACAUGGUGAACUACUCAGAACAUAUCAAGAAAGUUCCUGAUGCUACUGUGUGGGAUCAGCCUCAGUAAGAAUUUAGUGAUGUAUAAAUUGUCCAAUAGGCUAUAUGACAACCAGGCUGUAUGAUAACCAAACUACAUGUCAAACAGGCUAUAUGACAAGCAGACUAUAUGUGAUUAACCAAUUAUAAAAAGUGUUGGUUUGCAAUAAAGCUUUAAAAUAGAUUAAUAAGACACCAACAAUUUAUGUCAAUAUAACAAUUUAAGGUACGCUUUAAUGGUAAUUUUACAGAAUACAAAAGUAUACGUCUCGGCACAUACCUUCAUCAGUACAACAAAAAGACAAAUAAGUAUAAAUUAAAUUUACAUAAUAUAUAUAUAUAUAUACAGAUAUCCUAACUAAAAAGAGGGGGAGAAAAAAUAGGAGGGGGCGAAAAAAACAGACAAGCAAAGUAAAGAAAAGUGUAAAGGAAGUGAUUUUACAAUUUUGCUCAAAUCACUUUCUUUACACUAACUACUCACCCAAGCCGUGGGCCUGUGUGUCAUUGAGACGAGUCUGUGACAUGCAAGGAUGCGUCACCUACUGAGCUAAUGAUGUCCAUACAUAAUAAAAAGGAGCUUAACUGACGCAGAGAGGGCUAUUCUAGCAAUGUAUGCUUACUACACAAUAGUAAAUAUAUUGGACAGUCUAGCCCAGUGGUCGGCAAACUCAUUAGUAAAAAAAGAGCCAAAAAUCAGCAGCAGAACGAUUAACAAAAUUUUGAGAGCAAAAUUUCUUUUCAUUAACCUGUCAAGAACCAUGAUUUUCUGAGUCAAAAAAAAAAGAUGAAUGGCCAAGCCGCACUCAGGUUGCUAUAAAGCCGCAUGCGGCUCGCCGCGAUUUGCCGACCACUGGUCUAGCCUGAUUUCAUCACAUAUACAUGUGUCCUAAUGUGUCUGUUUUGUUCUUUUCUUCACAGCUGCAGGUACCGGGUGUAUAUUUAAAAAAUGGUAACUUGUUUUUUCCUCAGAUAUUUCUUCCCCACUUAUGAGGAUGACAGCCUCCUGUGUCACUUGGAUGAUGAUGAUGAUGGUGCGGCUGGGGAUGCCCAGGGUGUGACUGUCAUCGCUGAAGACAUUCCGGUGCCGGACACCAUACUCAAGGAUCAAAAACUUCGCAGGGAUCUGCUCAAGGCAUAAUGACCACAGUGUUUCUACGACUGGUAACAUCAUUUUAGGGUUUAGGUAAAACAAGCUUUUGGACUAUCAAUGUUAAAAAUAUGGGCACAGCAGAUCAGUAAAUACAUGGUGACCAAUAGCUGUUGUAAUCUGCCAAUCAAAUCUUUCAUUUGCUCUCAGUAUCUUCUCUAACAAAAGUCUUCUUAACUGCAUCAGUUUAACCCAACAUUUGGAGAUCAUAUUUAAAACCAUUUAUUAGGUGAGUCGUGACAUCUGGUCUAGUUCCUUCCAAGUCAGUUUUACCAAAGAAUUGACGCGGCUGACUUUUGCAUUUAUAAAUGAAUGUCCGAUUAUUUGCCUUCCUUACAAAAACUGUUGAUAUGAAGAAAAAACUGUUGAUCAUCUUGUGAUUAGUUAGUUCGAGAGAAAAUAAUGGGCAUUUCUUAAACAUUUUAUGUAAAGUCUGCUUCUAUAAGUAUUCUUUCUUCACAUAGAAUGUUGAUGGAUACACUGACCUCGUAUUUUAGAAAUGUUAGUUUUCUACAGGCAUAAUUUAUGUUCAAUUUAAUCUCGGGGCUGAUCUAAAAUCAAAUGGAAGAACAUCAAUAUAUGGCAUUUGACACACUCCUUGAAAAUCGUGAUUCAUAGUAAUAAAAAAAUUAUAACUUCUGUAAUGUUCUGUUUACUGAAAAUAGGGCACAGGGGGUAGGGGCUCAUGUGUGAUUUCUUGCCAUAUGUUUUCUUUGUAAAUAAAAUAAAGUAAACAUUUAACAGACAUAAAACAGUCAGUUUAAUUGAAGCAUAAAAAAACAGUCAGUUUAAUUGAAUCAUAAACUCUCUUUUCUUGUUCUUUGCUUUUUUCUACAGCAAUGAUUAUUGAGCCCCAUAUAAAAUGGUUAUCUGAAGCAGGAGAAGGAAAAGUAUUUUAAGUUUUCACCAAAGAUAAUGUAUUGAGUUUAAAAUAAUACAGCACAUCUGAUCAAGUGUAUUGGUUCCUUUGGUUGAUUGCUCUAUAUUUGGAAAGGUUGCUUGUUCACACUUAAAAUCUGCCAAAAUAAUUGCUUUUUCUCACUUGUGUAUCUUGCCUUAUGCCUAAGUACAUGUUUAUACCCAUUAGUCACUUCUAAUAUUCUCAUAACUAGAAUAUUGGUCACAUUCAAAUAUUCCUUUAUACGUCGGUCCUUCCUAAUUUUGGAUCUAAGCAUUACCAUGUUAUUUAAAAUGAUUAAAAUUGUAAGUCAAAUAUUGACAGAUCAAAUUCAAGGUGUCGAUCACAAAUUUUUUAAGGCAUUAGCAGAACCAAAACAUCACUGUUCUUUUUGUUACAAGUGACGUUUCUUUUUUACAAAAUUUGAAAUGAUGCAAUUUUAGAAUGAUAUCACAAAUCCUUUUGAGCAGAUCCAUAUUCUUUAGGUUUUUCCUUCUUGAAUGUCCAUCUCAAUGUUCAUUUUUUAAAGUUAAAAGCUUCAUGAUUUAGUCUUAUGCCAGGAUAAUUGCUAUCGAUGUCAAAAUCUGG